AUGGAAGAUUUGAAGUCGGGUUUCGAAGAGGUGGAUGGCGUACGCCUGGGCUACCUGAUGAUCCAGGGCAAGCAGAUGUUCCCCCUCUCGCAGGUCUUCACAGAUCUUCUGAAGAACAUCCCGCGCACCACCGUGCACAAGCGCAUGGACCACCUGAAAGUCCAAAAGCACCAGUGUGACCUGGAGGAACUGCGGAAGCUCAAGUCCAUCAACUCCAUAGCGUUCCACGCUGCCAAAUGCACCCUGAUUUCCCGCGAGGACGUAGAGGCGCUUUAUACCUCGUGCAAGACCGAACGGGUCCUGAGAACCAAGCGUCGGGGAGGCGCCAAGCCGGGCCAGGGCACCCUGCGCCCCGACCCCUAUGCGGCUUUUUGGAAAGACGGCGGCAAACUUUGCCUGAGCUUGAAAGAAGGGACUACAAGCCAAGCCAGCAGCAGAAAGAAAGCAGCCUGGCGCAAGGCGGCGGCGGCGGCGGCGGCUGCACAAGCAGGAGCUUUCCUACCGGCCUCGGAUCUACCUCAUUUUUGGAGCAAAUCCGCCGGGCGCAGUUUGCCAAGCUUUUCCCGAUCGCCUAGCAAUGAGGCUAUAAACUAUGAAACGGCCCAGCUUGGCCCCGGUUAUGUCUCCCUGGCCACAGAACCCGCUUGUUUUCGGAGCCUGCUUUGCUCCAAGCAUCCUCAUUACUACUACCAUUCCUCGGCCGCCAUUGCCAUUCAGCCUAAGCUCGCGGCGGCGGCGGCGGCGGCAGCAGCAGCGGCGGCGGCGGCGGCGGCAGCAGCAGCAGCAGUCUCUAGAAGCAAACCGCUGGGUCUGGGCUGCAGGACGAAGCGGAAAAAGAGUACCGAGAGGCGUUUCUCUACCGGGUGCGGGCGGCGUGUGGUGAUCCUGCCCCGGGCUUGCAAAGCAGCUCGGAGCGCCGUGGCGGAGAGGCUGCCUGGACUGCGCGGUUUUUUGACCCCGCAGCCUGCCCCGGCUUUCCCGGAACCUUACAGUAGCGACUCGGAAUCCAGCUCCUAUUCGAAUCAUGCAGACAACGAUUCCGACUUCUGCUCCAGCCUGAGCAGCACCAGCAAUUCCGGUUCUUCUGAAGAAGAGGAUGAAGGCAGCUGCGCCUCUGAUUCCAGUGAGCUCAAAGAAGAAGAAGGAGAGGAGGAAGAAGAAGAAGAAGAAGAAGAGACCAGCUCGGAAUCUGAUUCCAGCUCCGGGUCCAGCCACGUCUCGGUCCAGAGUAUCCGCUUCAGGCGCACUAGCUUCUGCAGAUCGCCCACUCUCCAGACUUCAGCCAGCUUCGUGCCCGAUCCGCCUCAUUUUGCCAACCACGAGGAGCUCCCAGGUCCAGCGCAAUUCAUCAAAUGUGAAGCGUCGGAAGAACCUGAGGACUGGAAGACCCCGGCUGGCUGGCUUUCAAAAGCUGAGCUGGGCUUGGACUGCACCACUCAUCCUGCCGGCAGCGCGUACUUAGGAUUGCUGGAGCAGCCCACGGAAGCAGCCAGAGGCGGCGAGGGAAGAUCCCUCUUGACUGGCGAGGACCACUCCACACUCGUGCCUGAGGUAAAGUCUCUUGACCUGCCUGGGGUCCCCUGGUUAGCCUGCGGUGACUCUUCUCCUAGCUCAAAGCCAAACCUCAUUUUGCCCCAAGCAAAAUUAUUCGGAGAAGGCCAGAUCUGCCAGCCUGCCCUUGCCUCUCACCCUUAUCCUUCUCCUCUUUCUCCAACUGGUGCAGACAGCACCACUGCUGCCCUAACCCACCUGUCCAAGGGGCUUCCUGGAAAUGCCCAGUUUAAUGGAAGAUCAGCCACUUUCCAGGGAACUGCUGCUGUUGCAAGUCCAGAUCUCCAAAGCCAUGUCCAGCUCCCAUCUUUUGUGCCCAUUGCCCAGAUCAAAGUUGAGGACAGCAGUGCUAAUGCUGAGUAUGGAGCUCUCCCAGUACAGAUACCACUCAAAUGGGAAGGGAGUGACCAGGAGACCAAGAUGGAGGCAGAAGACCAGUCAUUACCACUGCCAGGUCCCACCCAGCAUCCUGGAACUCUUCUGCUGUCAGUCAAGGCAGACCCUACCUGCCUAGAGGACUCUCCUAGCCCUCCCAAGAGCACUCUGUGUCCAGCAUCUUUGAGCCGGACCCUUGCUGCAUGCACUUUAGGCACUGCUUCUGCUGCCAAACCUGAGGAUGGGGAUUACAAAUUUGGAGCACGGGUGAGGAAGAACUACCGCACCUUGGUGCUGGGCAAACGAGCCACCAUACCCAGCCCAGCACCACUCAAGCCAAAUCUGAAAUCUGCACGCAACCCCCGGCCACCUCCAGGGAAACUCCCAGAGGCUCAGGAAGGAGCUUUGGAUGACUUAACUGUUCUUAACCGACGCAAGAGGGUGGCCAGUAAUGUCACCUCCACUCUCAAGAGGCCAUUCAGUUUUAUGGGCAACUUUCCCUGCCCUCCUUCCUUGGUGGUUGGCCCUGAUGGAGAUCUCUCACCAGCCUAUACCUUAAGCACUGCCAAGAGUGCCCAACCACCACCUAAAGCCCAUCCUAUCUGGAAAUGGCAGCUGGGUGGGUCACCAAUACCUCUUCCACCCAGCCACAAGUUCAGGAAACUGAACUAA